AUGUCAAACAAGAAGAAGCCUGUCAAAAGGCCUCCAUCAUCAUUCUCGGGCAUUUAUGGUUCUGCAAAGCAGAGAAAAAUAUCUGUAGAAAAUGAAGAAGAAAAGGAUUUGAGGGUCUUACUGGACCAAAGGAAAGAGCUUGGUCCAAGCACAGAGUGCGAUCUGAGAGGAUCGCUGAUUCCACGGAUGACACGACAGCGAGUAGGACAGCUUCCAGUUGGAGGAUACGACAAAAGUCAUGAAACAGUCGCAGGUGAUGUUUCGCCGUGGGCUCCAGAACCUAGAUCUAGAUCUACCUGUAUUCGACCUGGGAGGAAAAGGAAACGGGUAUCACAUUCAGAGGAAGGUGACUUUAUUGCUACUAAACGACAACAACUUGAUCAGACUACUAUCUAUGAUCAGAGAUUGACAGGAGUGUCACCUCAGUAUUAUGAAAAGAAAACAGCUCUUUAUUCAAGCACACCACACUUUCAUUCUCUACAAGCAUCAAGCAAUAGUUUAAAAGAUUGUCAUCCGUCAUUGGUACCAAGUUGGUGUGAUACGAUGGUAAAAUACUUAAAGCUAUCAGCAAAGGAUAUAGUUUAUGGUGAGUCAGUAUUGAAUGACAUAUACGAUUGCUUUGUUCAUUUAAUUUAUGAUAUUAAUGCUUAUGGUAUCAAUAACAAAGAAGCUUCUGACUUAGAAUAUCUUGAAACCCAUUUUGAACUCCUACGCCAGGAUUUCAUUCGCCCUUUAUGUGAUGUGCUACGCAACCUUCAAGAGAACAGUGAAGAAUAUUAUGAAGAUAACAAUGGUUAUAGUAGUGCUAUCACAUAUGAAAGCGUUCGAUUCAGUAACAGAGAUAUUUGUGGUGGGGAUCUUGUCUACAAAAUCAAUUUUCAUCUACCCAAAGGAAAAAAAGUGAACUGGGAUCAUUCCAAGUGUUUUACAUAUGGCUCACUCCUCUGCCUCUCAAAUGAUAACUUCCACACUCUUUUAUUUGCCACUGUUGCCAAUCGUAAUGUUAAAGAAUUAAAGAGUGGAGUCAUUGCUAUAAAAGUGCUAGAUUCUAGUGUUGAACGUAUUAGCAAUCAUUUGAAGUACAAAAUGAUUGAAUCACCAGCAUAUUUUGAGGCAUAUUUUUCAGUUGUUAAACAACUACAUGCUAUGAAGUCAAACCCAGAAAACAAUUUACCUGACUUAGCUAAAAAGUAUCUUGUCAAAAGUGAAUCAGCUGUUCAAAUGCCAGUUUAUGCACAAAAAAUAAUUUGUGAACAGACAAAUGAUAAAGGGCGCUAUAUUUUAGAUCUAAAAAGUAUCCUUUGUGAUUGCAAUACAAUUGGAGAAUGUCCUCAUGGCUGUGAUAGUAUCGUUGUUUCCCAGAAAAAAUUCACUGUAAAAGAAGUAGUUGAAGAAUUUCAAGAUAAAAUCAGUGAUAGUGAAAAUAAAACAAGUUUAGUGGAUCUUGGGAAACUUGAUGAGUCUCAGGUAGCUGCCUUGAGACUAGCACUGUCGUCUGAAGUUGCUCUUAUUCAGGGUCCUCCUGGAACAGGAAAGACUUUUAUUGGAGUACAAUUUGUAAAGGCUAUGCUUCAAAACAGACGAAAAUGGAAUUAUGAAGAACCAGCACCAAUACUUGUCAUGUGUCAAACUAAUCAUGCCCUAGACCAAUUCCUAGAAGAAAUCUUGGACUUAGGAAUAAGUAAAAAUCUUGUGCGAAUUGGUGGAAGAUCAAAGAGUGUGAGAAUAUGCAAUGAGAAGCUCAAUAUUAAAGAUAAAAAACGAGAAAUUCGGCAAAAUAGAAAAUCUUUAAGACAAAGGUCACGAAAAGCUAGGUCAAUUAUUCCUCCUAGUAUCUCUUUUCGAAAAGGAGAUUUGACUUUUGCAAAAUGCAAAUAUGAUGCACUUAGAGAACUUUGUUCUAAAGAUGCACCUUAUAAUGAGCUGAAUAAAAUGUUCUACUAUUCAUUUCUUCAUCCAAAAGAACUCUUUAGAUGUACUAGAGGUUGCAUCAUACAUGAUUAUUUUAAAAUUGAAGAAAUAAAAAGUAUUAAAAAUAUUUUCCAAUGGCUAAACAUAAAAAUCAACCCUCAAAAAGCUUCAAAAAGUUCCCAAAGCUUUUUGAGAGAUUAUACAGAUCUUCAAGAAGAUGAACGUAAAAUUGAUGCAGAUGAAGAUAGAGAUGCUGAACUUAAAGGAGCAGAAGUAUUGAAUGCAGCAAAAAGUGAGGAAGACCUAAAGUACUUUUUUAAAAAGCUUCAAAGGUCAGACCCAGAUGAAUUUAGAAUUUUGCAUAUGCAAGGACAGCUACGGCUUGAUCAAAAAUGUGAAUUAUUGAAAAUGUGCUUAAUAGAGAAGUGUAAAUGCCUAAAACAUGAACUCAAGAAUCUUCAAAAAGUAAAGGAAAUGUAUGAAGAUGAAGAUGAUGCUAUUACUUUUCAAGCACUGAGAAAAGCAGAUAUUGUAGGAGUGACCACUAAUGGUGCCUCAAUGAAUAUUAAGGUGUUGCAAAAAGUUCGCUCAAAAAUAGUAGUAGUAGAGGAAGCAGCUGAAGUAAUGGAAGGGUACAUUGUAGCUGCUUUGACAAAUCACAUUCAGCACCUUGUUUUGAUUGGUGAUCACAAACAACUGCGUCCAAAAGCCAAUGACUUUACUAUAGGAAAAAAGCAUGGUCUUGAGAUUUCACUUUUUGAACGUCUCAUUAAGAAUGGUUUGUCAUCUGUUCAGUUAAAAUAUCAACAUCGAAUGAGACCAGAAAUUGCCAACUUGGUUCGUCCUCAUAUAUACGAAGAGCUUCUAGACCAUCAGAAUGUCAAGAGUUAUAAACCAAUUAAAGGUAUCAAAACAAAUAUGUUUUUUGUCGAUCAUACUUUUCCUGAAAAGCCAAUGGAAGGUUUGAUGAGUCCUGCAAACAGUCAUGAAGCUGAUUUUGUUGUGCGUUUGGCUGAAUAUCUUCUCUUUCAAGGCUACAAGCCAGAUCAAUUAACCAUACUCACUCCUUACACAGGGCAAGUUGCAUGCAUUAAAGAGCAUAUGAAAACUUUUUCCUUUGAAUCUUCUCCUCGUAUUGUUCCAAUUGAUAACUUUCAAGGAGAAGAGAAUGAUAUUAUAAUCCUUUCCUUGGUUCGCUCUGUCAAAUCUGGUUUCAUGAAAGAAGAAAAUCGUAUUUGUGUUGCUUUAUCACGUGCUAGAAAAGGUUUGUAUGUCAUUGGUAAUUUUGAGCUCUUCAUAAAAGAAUCACAAAAAUGGGAGGAAAUCAUUAACUGCCUAGAUAAUGAGUCUUUUGGAUUGUCACUUCCUCUUCAGUGUCAUCUGCAUAAAACAAGUACCAAUGUAAAACUUCCUAGUGAUUUUGACAAAGUAAGAGAUGGUGGUUGUUUGGAAUGGUGUCACUGUCGAAUGUCUUGUGGACAUGUUUGUCCUAGACGCUGUCAUCCAGAUGACUUGGAGCAUAAGCAGAAAUGUUCAAAACCAUGCAGCCGUACAAUUUGCUCUUAUAAUCAUCCUUGCCCAAGACAAUGUUCUGAUGAGUGUCUACCAUGUGAAGUAUUAGUACAAAAGGUCAUACCUUCUUGUAAUCAUCAGCAGUUGGUACCAUGUCAUUGGUCACCAGAUACCUUUACUUGCCAAGAAGAUUGUACUAAAAAGUUAGAGUGUGGUCACAGAUGCCAAAGAAAAUGUGGAGAAAAUUGUAAUAAUUAUCAGUGUCGUCAGCUAGUGAUGAAAAUGUUACCAUGUGGCCAUGAAGCUCAAACAGAGUGUUUCCGUAGACCUGAUGAAUAUAUGACACAAUGUAAAAUACCAUGUAAGCUAGAACUGGCUUGUGGGCAUUUCUGCAAAGGAACAUGUGGCUCAUGUAACCAAGGUAGACUCCAUAUUCCUUGUAAAGAAAAGUGCACACGUAUUCUAUUAUGUGGUCACCAAUGCUCCUCAAAGAAUUGUGCCAGUGAUUGCCCUCCCUGUCAAUUAAAAUGUCCUAGUUCAUGUAUCCAUGGACCAUGUGGCCAUAAAUGUGAUUCUCCAUGCAUUCCCUGUGCUGAGCCCUGUGAAUGGCAGUGUCCUCAUCACCAAUGUACUAAAAGGUGUGGUGAUAUUUGUGAUAGGCUUCGCUGCAAUGAGCCCUGUCAGCUUAAAUUACAAUGUGGACAUCCUUGUUUAGGCCUUUGUUAUGAGCCUUGUCCACCACUAUGUAGAGUUUGUGAUCCAGACAAUGAAGCUUUUAGUAUUCUUUUUGGUGAAGAAAGUGAACCAGAGUCUCGUUUUAUAAUGCUGACAGAGUGCUAUCAUAUUUUUGAAGUGUCUGGUUUUGAUACCCAUAUGGAUAUGAAUGAUAAUCAUGAAGUUGUCAAGUGGAAAUGUUGUCCACGUUGCAAUACAAAAGUUACAAAAAGCCAUCGUUAUGGUGAUGUUAUCAAAAGAAUUAAAGCAGACAUGGGUUCCAUCAAGAGUAAGGAAUUUAGAACAUUAAGUUGUUUUGAUCGUGAUAAAAUGAAGAGGGAUAUUUUAGAAUGGAAUGAUAAACUUAAAUAUCGUAGCAUUCGUCACAUUAAUGAUUUACCUGAUGUAACUUUACAAUCUUUGCAUACACUCCUUUCUUCUGCUAUUGAAUGUAAUGAAUUGCAAGAAAUGUUUGAUACUGGCUCUGAUUGUAGUGAUAUUAUUUGCAUUUCCAAGCAAAUCAGCAGGCUACACAAUUUUUUGAGAUUACAUCAUGUUAAAAAUUUGCAAUGUUUACCACAACAAGUCAUCAGUGAUAUUCAGUGUGAGAUUAGACGAUUUCAUUUUUUAAGAAAGUUUUACGAAGUUGACAGAAAGCCAAAAUCUUUUCUAGUCCAUAGUAAAUGGAUGAGAUAUGAAAGUCAAGUCAAAAAGCUGAAUCUAACAGAUUAUAAACCUAAUUCAGAUUUUAAAAUGACAAAGGCAGUUUAUGAAAUUGAAUGCAAAAUGCUCUCUCAAUUUUGUAGAGAAAACAACCUUGAUGCACCAACACCUGAGGAAAUAAGGCAAAUUGUAGCUGCCAUUGGUGGUAAGAAAGGAGCAUGGUACAAGUGUCCUAAUGGACACUACUACCAUAUUGGAGAGUGUGGUGGAGCUAUGCAGGUAGGAAAAUGUAUCGAAUGUGAUGCUCAAGUUGGAGGAAGUCAUCAUCGUUUACUGGAUGACAAUGAACAUGCUGGAGAAAUAGAUAAUUCUCGAUUUGCAGCUUGGAGCCAGCAAGCAAACCUUAAUAAUUAUGACCUGAAUGAUGUUUUAUAAAAUAAUUAUCAUAAUGUUUUCUUGAGUCU